GUCCUUCAUUAACAGCCUGCAGUGUUCUGCUCUGGUGAGUUGAGAUUUAUUCUCAGUUUAUGGAGAAAUCCGAGUCUCAUUUUCAGCACAGUGAAAGGAAGUGAUGAUUAACUGAACCUACAAAGUCAUCUAUUUAACUUUAAAGAAACCUGAAAUCAGGGUGUGAUUACUUUUCACAGAAGUGAAAGUGAAACUCUGAGCAUUCGGACGAGAGAGAACAACAACAGCAGCAAAAGAAAUGGCUUCUAAGUUUUCAGAGGAGGAUUUCUCCUGUCCUGUGUGCUGUGAAAUCUUCAAGGAUCCUGUUGUUCUGCACUGCAGUCACAGUGUGUGUAAAGUGUGUUUGCAGCAGUUCUGGGAGACCAAAGGAUCCAGAGAAUGUCCUGUUUGUAGGAGGAAGUCAUCUAUGGAUAAUCCUCCCAUAAACCUGGCCUUAAAGAACCUGUGUGAGACUUUCUUACAGGAGAGAAGUCAGAGAUCUUCAUCAGGGUCUGAAACAGUCUGCAGUCUGCACAGUGAGAAACUCAAACUCUUCUGUCUGGAUCAUCAACAGCCGGUGUGUGUGGUGUGUCAGACUUCAAGAAAACACACCAACCACAAAUUCUGCCCCAUUGAUGAGGCAGUAACAGACUGUAAGGAGAAGCUCAAAACUGCAUUGAAACCCCUAGAGGAGAAACUGAAGGUCUUUAAAGACUGUAAAUGGAAAUGGAGUCAGACUGCAGAACAUGUAAAGAUUCAGGCCCAACACACAGAGCGUCAGAUUAAGGAGGAGUUUGAGAAGCUUCACCAGUUUCUACGAGAUGAAGAGGCAGUCAGGAUCACUGCACUGAGAGAGGAAGAGGAGCAGAAGAGUCAGAUGAUGAAGGAGAAGAUUGAGAAGUUGAGCAAAGACAUAUCCUCUCUUUCAGGCACAAUUGGAGCCAUAGAAGAGGAGAUGAGAGCUGAAGAUGUUUCAUUCUUAGAAAACUACAAGGCCACACAGAGCACACUGCAGCAUCCAGAGGAGCUUUCAGGAGCACUGAUCCAUGUGGCAAAACAUCUGGCCAACCUGCAGUUCAGAGUCUGGGAGAAGAUGCAGUACACCGUCCAAUACACACCUGUGACUCUGGACCCCAACACUGCUCAUCCUGGACUCAUUGUAUCUGAUGAUCUGAAAAGUGUGAGACGCAGCAAGAAGAAACAGAAACUUCCUGAUAAUCCAGAGAGAUUUGAUAAAUAUUCGGAUAUCCUGGGAUCUGAGGGCUUUAACUCAGGGACACACUGCUGGGAUGUGGAAGUUGGAGACGGUACAGGGUGGAUUGUGGGUGUGAUGAUAGAAUCUGCUCAGAGGAAGGGGGGGAUAUUCUCCAGAAGUGGAAUCUGGUGUGUGUGGGAUUAUGGUGACAAAUAUUGCGCAGUUUCUACACCAGAUACAGCCACUCAGCUCUCAGUAGCACAGAAACUCCAGAGGAUCAGAGUGAAGCUGGACUGGGACAGAGGAAAACUGUCAUUCUCCGACCCUCUCACUAACACACACUUACACACUUUCACACACACAUUUACUGAUAAAUUACUGCCAUUCCUAGGUGUUCCUGGUUCCAUAAAGAUCCUCCCACUUGAGUGCUCUGUAAGAGUGAAUCAGAUCAGUUAGCAUUGAUGUUGUUUUAUUCCAGUUCAUUAAUAAAAUACUGCAGAUUAAAAGAUUAGUGUUCUUUGUGUAAGUCUUUUUUCCCCCUUUUGGAAACCCUGAAGCGCACACUGUGAUUUUUUU